AUGGCUGCCCCUAAUUAUUAUAAGCCGACGCUGUCAGCGAAUAAUUAUGAGUAUACCAAUAGGGAGCAGGACUUAAUUAAGCAAGCUUUUGAAGCGGGGAAUUAUACGUAUUUGUCAAAGUUUCCGCAUAGGCUGAAGCCGUUGAGCUUGACGAAUAAUUUGAAGAAAUUGUCAAGAAGCGUUUUAGAGACGCCAAGGAAGCCUAGAAGUUUAAGUUUAUCUAAGAACCAUUUUGAAUGAAUGCCAGAUAGCUACAACAACUGAAAAGAAGCUCUCUCAAAAGAAAGGCAAAAAAACAAAGAAAAACGUGAAUUGAUUAGCCAAAAUGAAUUCCGAUGGCCUGGCAUUUCCAAAAAAUCAAAAGCGCACGAAGGCUUUUCUGAUGGAAAGCGAGCCUAUAUUACAAUAGACGAUCCAUUUGACUCAUUUGACAGUCAAGCCUACAGAAUGAAAUGAAUAAAAGAAUGCCAAAUGCCAAGCGAAACUUUUCGGCCACCUUUAAAGCCAGAAACAAACCUAUCAAAAAUGCAAAUUAGAGAUAUGAUAAGCUUUAUCAAGAAUAAAAUAGUAGUUGAUUGAGAAGACUGUAUGUUUGUCAUAGGAAUUAACAGUGACGAUAUGAUAGAAAUCAGGUUUGAAGAAGAAACUAUAGAAAAUCCUAAAGGCUUACAUAAUUAUAUGAAUUUUAUAAUAUUUUAUAAUAAAUAGAGAUUUUUGAAAAAUAAUGAAGAUUUUUUUAAAAAAAUUAUUUCAAGGGAUACUGAUAGAAAAUGAUGAAGAAAUCCAUUAUUAUAAGCUUAGAAAGAUUGUCCAGAAAUGAGGAUUUAAAACAGACGGGUUCAUUACUUAUGUAAUGAGCCCUCCCUGGGUGCAUUCAAGAGUCUCCGAUACAUUUUACAGCUUACACCCUGAACAAAGUCCAAAAGGCUCAGCAUUUUCAUCUAUAACUAAUUAA